AUGGACAGUGAUAACAUUAAACGCUACCAUGUCGUAAGCAUGUCUCCAGGAAGCGGUCCUCUGCAUAGGGGCGUACCAGAACAGGACUCAUUUGUCCAGGGGGGUUCAGGGACCCCGGCUUCGACGUUGCAGAACAAGGUGUCUACGUCCCAGCAAACUAGUGAGAUGUACAAUCCUCAUUUAGUAUCGGCGAAUGUACAAACAUAUCGCACUAAUACCGUGGCACCAGGUCCGCACAGCCUCAAUACCUCCUUUCCAGCGUACACUGGAACACAAUCCUAUCAGGCCCCUUUGGUACACCCAUCAUAUCAGACAGCUACGCAAGGCAAUUAUAACACAACAACUAUGCGCGAAUACAAUCCGCACUUGGACAAGGACGCGCGUGUGGUUAGCGAAAACGUUAUAGAAGUGCCAUCUGGACUUCCCGCGCGCAUAGUCAGGGAGGAGCCUGUUGAGUUUGUUAAGGAGAUAGUAAGGGAGAUCCCGAGGGAAUAUAUUCAACGCACUGUGUUUCAAGAGCCGGUUACAUACAUACGAGAGGUGACCUAUGAUGAGCCCGUCCUGGUCAUGGAGCAAGUCGUGGAACGGGAGCCAUAUGCAUAUUAUAAACGAACGGUUGAAAACGUCCAAGGGGGUCAACGUAUCAUUUCUUCAGGAGGAGCCACUGUGCCAGUACAAAGCUUUCCUCAAACUCAAACCCCCACGCAACACUACCCUGGGCUAGCAGCUGCUCCGGGUCCUUACGCAGCAUACCCAACCAAUACUCAAAUGAUCCCAACCACCAAUUACGUCCAGGGUGCUCCGCGCACGAUCCCGCUGAGUGAGGUUAGCUCACGACCAGUGCCGGUACCGGGCGGUCUUCAGGUCUCUCAGCCACCUCCCUCAUUAGUAGCUUCACGGGGUACUAUAGGGCAGCAACAUUACAUGGCCGGGAAUUCGCGCCUCAAUACCUCACGGGGAUAA